UAAAAUUAGGAUCAGCAAGAUGUAGCUCUAUUUAUACUUACAAAAAGACAUUCAAAGAUUGUGUUUUCUAUCAAUUAAAAUUGUGUGUUAAAACAAAUGAGAAUGGAAAGACAACAAAUUGUUUUGGUUCUUUUAUUGAUAUGUAUGAAGCCUGGUCAUAUCAAAUCUCAAUCAGACGAUUGUUCUUUCGGCAGAAGUAUCAAGUUUCCAUUAGAAAUGUACCAAGAACAUUACCACUACAAUUACCUAAACCAGCCCUAGCCAAAGACUUUCCGUCCCCGCCUAUAUUAAACCAAGGUCAAUGUGGCGUGUCUAAGAACGACCAAUCACAACAGAUUGUAGGUGGCGGAGACGCACCAGCUAAUGCUUGGCCUUGGCAAGUUUCUUUACGCAUUUCUAGCGCAAGGUGUGGAGGAGUUAUUAUUAGCAGUGAAUGGAUCGUGACGGCUGCACACUGUCUGCGAGGUAAUGAAGCUUUGGUAUUCUAUGGAAACAACAACUAUCGAAAAGCCAAUACAACUCGCACUAAAGCGGUGUUUGAACAUGAAGACGAUGCGGUUGAUUUGGCCCUUUUUAAACUGUCCUCCCCGUUAACGUUUACAGACUCAGUACAGCCUAUCUGUUUGCCCGAGGGUAAUAUUUGGGACGCCUCGCCUUGUUUUGUCACAGGCUGGGGAUCUACGCAACAUUUUAUUUAUAAGUCUGUUGCACCAGACCUUCUUCAACAGCUUCGUGUCAGACUAUUGAACCAAACUCUGUGCAUCGCUUACAACUCCUUUCUUGGAAUAAUUGACUUGGGCGGCAAUAAUUUAUGCAUGACUUCCGCUGGACACUCUAGCGCCAGUAAAGGAGACUCUGGUUCAGCACUGAGCUGCUUCAAGAAUGGACGUUACUACUUGGUGGGAGUACUCACACAUGUUAUUCCAUUGGAUGGGGAUUUUAUUAGUUACGCAGUAUCUGUCCCUGAGAAUAUUCAGUGGAUAACUGACACAAUAAAUGAAAAUUCUUAGGGAAUUCAAACAAACUUUCAUAAUUCGAAGAGGCACGACUAUAAGUAUUAGCCUUUUUUAUCCUUGCAAAUGAAACAAAUCAGAUUUAUUUUAGGACCUUAAUGGAAAUUUUUUUUUAUUACAACCAUCACUGCUGCACCAAAAGUUCUUAUUAUUGAAGUAUAAUGAAGUAUCGAGUAAAAAAUUAUUUAAGUGAAAAAUUGGUGUGAAACUAAUGCAGAACUGCGUUGGUACCCACGAGUCACGUGAAAUUUUUCUAUUUAUAAAAAAAAAAAACAACCCUGCCUGACAUCUAGUUUUUUAUGUCUCACACUAGGUUUAUUUUAGUAUAACCUUUUUUUCAUUCGUUGCUAUUGUCAUUUGGUUAACAUUUUUAUAUCACACCAUUUGAUUUUUCCAGUGAAAGCGUAGGCGAUGGAUCGUAUUAACCUCAUAACUUCUACGUUAUGUGUCAGCUAUUUCGGAUAACAAUUUCGCGUUGGUUUAAAUUAAAAAAAAAAAGUAUCUAAAUUUUUGAAUGGCAUAUAUUGAGAUUUUCACGUCGUAAAUAUCGCGUGAUUGUGUCGAGUCAACAUGUCUUCGUCGUGAUCAUAUCAUCUUGUCUUUGAUCAUGUCUCCUUGUCGUGAACGUGAUCAUGUCACCUUUUCUAUAACGUGAUCAUGUCACCUUUUCUAUAACGUGAUCAUAUCACCUUUUAUUGAAUGUGAUCACUUCACCUUGUCUUCAGCGUGAUCAUGUCACCUUGUCUUUAGCGUGAUCAUGUCACCUUGUCUUUAGCGUGAUCAUGUCAACUUGUCUCAUCGUGAUCAAUUCACCUUGUCUUUGAUCAUGUCACAUUGUAUUUAAUGUGAUAAUGUCACCUUGUCUCUAUCUUGAUAAUGUCACCUUGUCUCUAUAUUGAUAAUGUCAUCUUGUCUCUAUAUUGAUAAUGUCAUCUUGUCUCUAUAUUGAUAAUGUCAUCUUGUCUCUAUCUUGAUAAUGUCACCUUGUCUCUAUCUUGAUAAUGUCACCUUGUCUCUAUCUUGAUAAUGUCACCUUGUCUCUAUAUUGAUAAUGUCACCUUGUCUCUAUAUUGAUAAUGUCAUCUUGUCUCUAUAUUGAUAAUGUCAUCUUGUCUCUAUAUUGAUAAUGUCAUCUUGUCUCUAUAUUGAUAAUGUCAUCUUGUCUCUAUAUUGAUAAUGUCACCUUGUCUCUAUAUUGAUAAUGUCAUCUUGUCUCUAUAUUGAUAAUGUCAUCUUGUCUCUAUAUUGAUAAUGUCAUCUUGUCUCUAUAUUGAUAAUGUCACCUUGUCUCUAUAUUGAUAAUGUCAUCUUGUCUCUAUAUUGAUAAUGUCACCUUGUCUCUAUAUUGAUAAUGUCAUCUUGUCUCUAUAUUGAUAAUGUCACCUUGUCUCUAUAUUGAUAAUGUCAUCUUGUCUCUAUAUUGAUAAUGUCACCUUGUCUCUAUAUUGAUAAUGUCAUCUUGUCUCUAUAUUGAUAAUGUCACCUUGU